UUGAAAUAUAUCCUUUAUCUUGGACGUACUUUUCAUACUUUUGGUAAACUACAACGAAAAAUAUAAUAUUUACAAUAUCCAAUGAAAUUGUCGGUUCCAGAAAGUUGCGGGAACCUUGGGAUGCGUAGUAUGACGUGCGCAAAGUCUAGAACGUAAACACAAGUCAUGUGUCCAGGCCGAUAUAUAGAUCUGAGGUUCAAUAUAGAUUCUUAAUUGUGUAACCUGAUUCAAAUUAUUUUAAAUGUACGUUUUUUUUAAUACACGAACUUUCAUUUGUUCAUCAUCAUGCCUAAAAAUAAGAGACAAAGUCCUACAAAACAUGUUCAUCAAAAGGAAAGUAAGAGCUCCGGAAAGGAUACAAUUUUCCAGUCUGUCCAGGAGAUGUUUGAGGGACGGUUUGAAGCAGAGAUAAUCCAUAUGGUGCUAGAGGAAUGUAACUGGAAUGUUGAAGAAGCAGUGGACAACCUAUUUGCGAUGUGUGAAACUGGGAUGCAGCCAGACCCUGAAAGUAAAAACCGACUUGCACAGAUUGCACAUGACGUACUGUGUAGUGAUGCGUCCAGUGACUCGAUGUCAGUCAGUAGUCAUUCAAGCAUGGCAUCGUCGGAGGAGACUAGCAGUUCUCGUAGUGGGAUGGCCAAAUCAUCCACCAACAGUUCUAGGGAGAACAUUCUUAAUAGUACAGAAAUAGAAGGAGCCAUUGGUUUUGAUCCAAGCAUGAUUGAAGUUGAAAGCUUAGAUAAAAGUAUGCCAGAUGAAGAUAAAAACAUGGAAGUUCUCCAACAGUAUUGUACUGAUGCAGAGGCCUGGGUGUCAUCCAUGGAUAAAUUGGGUAUGACUGUGAGAGAAAAGGGUUACAAGAACAUGAGCCAUACAACAGGUGAUGUUCUACCAUUACAGACAACAGGAGCUAAUCUUGUCACUCCUCAAAUACAGGAGGCUGAUGUAUCCAGCCCUCAGCUUGUUAUGCAGGAAUGUAUACCUGAUGUAGACUAUUCAAAAUAUCAACACAAUUCUUCUGUGAAUGUUAAUUCUAAGUUAUAUGCAGAUUUAGAUUAUCCUUGUGAAGACCUAAGUGCUAGCAGACUAAGGCAUUCUGAUAGUGCAGUAGUUGACAUGGUAGAAUGUUUACCUGGUGAGAAUAGGACCACCUGUGAAUUGAACAAGGAAAAUUUCCUUAACAGUCAUAGCGGGUCUGGUAAGCUGACACACGACAGUGGCAACUGUCCAAAGGAUACACUUCCCAGGAUCAGUGAUCAUAGCACUCCAGUUUCUUCAACUGACAUAAUACAGGGAAAUCAAGUCACAGCCACCGAAAUGGAACAGAAAGAUGUUCUUGUGUUUUCUGCAGCCACUUCAAACACACUGUGUAUGCCAUUUAAUUUUGCAGACCAGAAUCUUUUUUCUCCCGAAAAAAGGGAAUAUGCUGGUAGUGGAAAUUUAGGUGUUUUUGGGAAAAGUGCACCAAGCUUGUGUAAUGAUGACAGUGCUGUGAUGGAACCUGACUCCCCAUUGUCACCAGUUUCAGUUUUUGAAAAUUUAGGAAAGUUAGCAGGGGAGAUAGCUCAUAUGGAAUUGCAUUCACAGUUAGAAACUCAUACAAAUUCAGACAUUUUCAAUAGUGAUGACUAUGGUAAGGAUUUCUUUACAGGUUUAAAAUCGAAUUUGCAAAAUUCUGAUGCAUUGGCAAAUAUGAAUGUUAAUACUGAUGUACAUAAUGAUAAUAAAUUAUGUUUUAAAGAUUUAAUGAAAUUGGAAAAUGAAAGUGGUUCCAUUGAUGGUGGAAAUACUGAAUCUUUUGAUAGCAAGAAUAAACUUGACUUACAGACAUUUGGUCAAGAGUUCUGCAGUACAGGGAGUAGGACCUCCUCCAAUGAACCUGCAAAUUGUUCGAGUAACAAAGAGCUUGAUCAAUAUGCAGAUAAACCAACUAUGAAAGAAACUUCAAAUUGUGAAUAUAAUGCUACAUAUAAUCUGAAACCAGCUUUGGAGAAAGAUAUGGAUGAUGUUUCUCCGGACCAGAUUUAUGAUUCAGAUGUUAAUAUUUCCGGCUCAAGUUCUGACAGCUUGAAUGAGAGCUUAACUCGGGCUUUAAACGAUAGCAUUAACCUUACAGAAUUGUCAGUAAUUGAUGACGAUUAUGUUGUAAGAAGCCAGAGCUGUAUGAGUAGUCAGUCGGAGGAGGAGGUGGGGGAGGAGCUAACAACAGCUCUGAACAAAUCUGUGGACGAAACAAGUCCUGGUGAAAAAAGUGACGUUGAAACUAAUCAAGCUACAUUAACUAAAACACCAAAAAUGGUUCUUAGGCUCCAUGACUCGGACAGUGAUGAGAAAUUAAGUGAAUUUUGUGAACAAAGCAAAAAGGAUAUGCAAGCGGACAGUAUGCCUGUUGGUGGAGGAGACUCCCAAACCAGCACAAGACCUGAAGGUAUUGAGGUACCUGAUUUAGCUUCUAAUUUAUCUGUUAAUGCUUGUGAAUUUGUUCCGAAUGUUCGAAAAGAAGCCUCAUCUUCAUCUUCAUUCAAUAUGAACAUGAACAGUGACCCCUGCAAACCAGCACCAACAUUUUUGACGCCGAAAUAUGUGUCUCCGACAAAAACCAACUUUAGGACCACAUCCUCUAGUGACUGUAAUUUGCGUUUCCCAUUCUCAUCUGUAACACAGCAGACACCACUUGCAACCUCUCUUCUUGGUACAGCUUGGGUCACACCUAUUAGACAGCACAGCUCACCAGCUACAGGAAAUGACCAGAUUCCGUACAGUAAAGUAGAACAUCCUCCCCCUAAGAUCCCUCAGUACCCCCCGCCACAUUGGCUACCCGCUACUCCUGUGGCCAAGUUUGGGGACCCAGUGAACGUGGUAACCAAGAAAAAGGGUCCCCCCACAAAGCUCACAGACAUAGAGGAGGUGGAGGCCAAGAUAAAAGCUGGACACAAAUGUUUUGUGAUGCUCCGAGGUCUACCAGGAAGUGGAAAAUCUACAUUAGCCAGGAAGCUACAACACACAACUUCUAAACCAGGAGUUGUGCUGUCCUCAGAUGACUACUUUAUACAGAAUGGUAUCUACAGAUUUGAGCCCCAUCUGCUGUCUGAAGCUCACGAAUGGAACAGACUCAGAACUAUACAAAACCUACAUAAUGGCUGUACACCUGUAGUUGUGGACAAUACUAACACGCAGGUGUGGGAGAUGAAGCCCUACAUAAAACAGGCACAAAAGUUUGGUUACGACAUCAGCUUCCUUGAACCAGACACUCAAUGGAAGUUUCAACCGAAAGAGCUUGCCAGGAGAAACACUCAUGGCGUUCCCCUCAGUAAGAUCCGAAUGAUGCUGGAGCGCUAUGAGAAGGGUUUAACAGUGGAACAAGUUCUUGGUAAACCUCAAACACCAAAUGGUCAACACAAGAACGACCAGAAGACUCUCCCUCGUCAUGCCAAGGAUAAAACAGUACACACACAGAGAACAUAUGUGAAAGCCCAGCCCGGGGGGAUACAAGCUCACACAGGAAGCUCAGACAUGAAAGCCCAGCCCGUAUGGAGACAAGCUCACACCUCUUUGGUACAACAAUAUGCCAAUAAUCUUGGACAAGCCCAGAAACAGCAUGCUCGGCAACCAAGUGUGUCCACCAAUGCACUAAACACACCCACAAAGAGGGAUGAAACUGUUACAGAAGAGAGUUGUAGUGAGAAUCAUCAAGUCCCUACACUGUCUGUUGUGCCCUCUCCUGUGUCUGGUGUGGUAGUUUGUAGUCAAACACAACAAUCCACCACGCCGACUCCACUUACCAGUGGUAAUGUGAACAAUAGUAACAUUUCUAAGGAAAAUUGGCAAAUGUGGAAAAAGUUAGGUCUCUCUGAUUUAGUCAAACAGUUCAGCAAAAAAACGGAACAGGUCAGUUCAAUUGCAGAAGAGACCAGUAUGGACCUGAGUAGGUGUCUCCCUAUGGACAACCAGAUGGGAGAGAAUCAAUCUCCUUGUGAAAAUACAGAGCAACAGAGAGAAUUCCUUACAACCGUUUCUGAAACAGAUAAGGUAGUCAACUCUCCCAGGGAGGACGAAACACAGGAAACUGUUCCUGUUGCAUCAAAAACUGAGGAUGCUAAGAAGUCCAGGUCACCAGGAUCACAUAAAGGCUGUGUGGAUGGAAACACAAAGGACAUGUCGCCCAGAAGCCAGAGUAGUCAUUUAAGGGACAGCAGUCCUUCCUCUGACAGUACAUUUCACACAUGCUCCGAGAUGUUGACAGACCAGGAGGGAAGCAGUUCGUCAUUGCAGGAAGAUCAAGCUGUCAACUCCCAGGAUACAUCAUUAGACCUGUCAAACACAUCAUCAAGGAACGACGAUGAGGGGUCAGACUGUGUCACAGAUUCUCACAACACUGGAGUGGUAGAUCAGGGGUCACACUGUGUCACAGAUUCUCACAACACUGGAGUGGUCGAUCAGGGGUCAGACUGUGUCACAGAUUCUCACAACACUGGAGUGGUAGAUCAGAGCCCUGUUGACAAAGCUUCAGAACCAGAGUACAAACAGGAUACUGAACUGACAUCAAACAACAAACCUGAUUCUCCUGAAUCCAAUGCCCCUGAAAGUGAUUUUGAUUCUCAAAAGACACCUGAAGAUGAUUGUGAUACUCAGAAAAUAUUGGAAAAUAAUUGUCAUACUCAAAAGUCAUACGUUGAAGAUCCUGAUGUUUCGGAAAAUAAUACUCAUAUAGCACUAAAAAUUGGUCCUGAUACCCACCAGACAUCUGCAGAUGACCUUGACACACAUCAGAAAUCUGCAGAUGACCUUGACACACAUCAGACAUCUGCAGAUGACCUUGACACUAAUCAGACAUCUGCAGAUGACCUUUACACACAUCAGACAUCUGCAGAUGACCUUGACACCAAUCAGAGAUCUGCAGAUGACCUUGACACCAACCAGAAAUCUGCAAAUGACCUUGACACCAACCAGACAUCUGCAGAUGACCUUGACACACAUCAGACAUCUGCAGAUGACCUUGACACCAACCAGAAAUCUGCAAAUGACCUUGACACCAACAAGACAACUGCAGAUGACAAACAUCAGACAUCAGAGUCUUUGCCAGUAACCGUCGCUGAAGCAUUAGACAAGACACAAGAUAUGCUGUUAGCAGAAUACUCUAGUCAGUGUGAUGCAGAACUACCAGAUUUGGGAGCUAGUAGAGAAAUGUUGACAGAUGAUAUUACACAAGCAGAAAACAUCCCCCUCGACUGUACAAGUGUAAUACAGUCUCAAGGUGUCAAACCAUGUUCUACCACACCAGAAGAACAAAAUGUAAGCAAAUUAGAGGAUGACAGGUCUGUUAAAGUGGAGGAAGCCAGUGACGAUGUGAAUGGGAGCAGCAAAGACAUUGCAGUCUUUGUCCAACAAACUGUGAAAUAUUCUCUAGAUGAUAUUCCCAAGAACGUUAAAGACACAGUGGAUGAACUUAUUAGAGAAAAUGUAGGGAGUGAAUUAAAUUACUCUGUAGAUUACAGUGUUACAGCCAAUGAACUUAAGGCCAUUCUCCUCUUCACCGACCUGAAUGAUGAGGAGAAGAUGAUAGCUGAACAGUACAUCAGCCAAAGGUUGUGUAGCAAAACAUCAGAACUUUGUGCUCUGACUUCAGCACAAAAACAGUCAGACGAUGGGAUAUCUCAACCACCAGCAUUUGUCCAGGACGAAUUGAGUGAACAAAUUCAGGUUUAUGAUGAUUUCAAUAGAGCACAGAAUUUGGAGUGGGAAGAACCCAAACCAGUUAGGAAACAGAGGUUUACCAAACGUCCAAAGCUGAAGUGUAAGCAAGGUUUAUCUGAAGUGAAAACAGACAUUGAUAAAUCCACAAAAGAAUCAUGUAAAGUUUCUGUGGAAGUUGAACUUGAAAAUCAAAAAGUUUUAAAAACUGCAAGUACAAUGGGGCAAGAAGACAUAAAUAUACGUACACAUCCUCAGCAGCAGAGGGAGAAACGUACACGUAAUUACAGAACACAUGCUAGUAGUCCACCAGUUGAUGACAAAGAUCAGGGAAUAUCUACAGAGAAGUCCAGGGCAGAACCUUUGGUUACAUCAGUAGCUGCUCAGGCCCUAUGUAAGGAAGUGGAAGAUGGUGACGGUCAAUCCUCUCAGUCGCAGUCAAAUUCAUCGCAAGAAUCCUCACCAACAAAACCAGCUAAGAAGAAGUCAAAUCGCAGGAAACUUGACCCAUAUAAACAGGGACCAUUCUUGGAGCCUGAGGUUAAAAACAAAGUGAUUGGUGCAGACUGGAGUUUCCCUGUACUGCCAGAAACUGCAUUCAAAGAAGAGGUCCCAAAGAAGAAGAGAGUGCAGUGUUUGUUGGAACAUGAGACCCACAUUACAGCAGGAGAUCUUAAGGUGCUGAAUGCUGUUAACAGAGGGGAGGACCCAGCACAUCUAAUGGGAGGUAGAGCACGCUACAAAAUCUUAGCCAGUCACAACAAGGACAUUCAUAGGGAAGUAACCGACUCUGACUUGUCGUCGGAGGCCAGCAGUAUGAUGGACAAAUCUGUUGUGCCACAGCACUGUGUUGACCGGGGCACCAUGACUGAGGAGAAUAUUGAAGUAGACAUAGAAUUCCUACAAAGUAGUUUCCCGGCCAUCCCCGUAGACGAGCUGUCCGAUGUUCUACAUCAGUGUGGAAACAACCUCCAAUGGGCUAUUGACUUACUCUUAGACUGGAAAUACAACCUUCCUCUCAGCUCUGAUGACAAAGACAAGUUUAUUAGCAGAAUGUGUCAGCUCCAAAAAUCACCUACUCUGCCAAAGUUUUCAUUUUCUGCACGACCAAAUUCGAUCUCACGGUCACCCUCAUCCUUACUAGACAUGUGUGUGGGGUGUGUAGAGUCCCAGCACAUCGCUCCCAGACAGGACAUUGAGCACCAGAUCAUCAUGAGCAGUCAACAGCGGCUCAAUUCCAUAGAGGAAAAAAUCAGAUUGAAGCAAACGUAUUCACGAACAUUAAGUCAGAGUAUUUCUCGUGAUGAGGAAUUCAACGAGACAAUUUUAAAGCAGUUGACAUCCAUGACAGAACAAGCCGUGGCAGAUGGCACCAGUGAUGCCGACGAUGACAAAGGUGUGCCACAGAAUCAGUUGGACACUUCCUAUGUGGAGUCGUGGACAGUUAAUCAAGCAAAUGACUUCACAAGGGGGCCAAGCGUGGACAGUUCCAUCAGCGGACACAGGUCUGAUGAAGAGGCACUGGACUAUCAAACAUUGCAGAGCUCGGCAUCUGUCAUGUCUCUCCAACUUACAAGAGAGAAGAUUCAAGCUCUAGAAAGCCAGUUUGGAAAAGUCCCACAUUUAACAGGUGUAACAGGAGAUGUAGUUGUCUCCCUUGACUAUAGAACAGCUCAAGCUUUACACCAAUGUUUGAUGCUGACUGCCCGACAGCAGACUAUGGACCGGCAGAAACAGCUGAGAGAAGAUGAGGCCUUUGCCCGUCGACUCCAGGAUGAAGAGAUACUUACAACAACAAGUCAGCCCCCACCAACAUUCCAACGGCCUCCUGUGAGUCGUUCUCUGCCCCUGGGUGGGGCCCCUCAGCACAGGCCACACCCUACAGAGCAGGGGGUCACCUCCCUCAAAGACAUCAUGGUGGAGGAGAUGGAGCGGGAGAGGAAAAAGGAAGAAGAGGACUCAGAUGAUGAGGACGACACAUCAGAUGAGCAAAAGCUGUUGGAGGCCAGUGGCAACCACAAUGUGUUAGCCAACCGUCUGAAGAGGAAAAAAUUAUAUGAGCAAUUCCCAGGUAUAGACGAGUCUCUUCUGGACGAUAUCUACAGGGAUAACAGCUACAACCUGGACAACACCAUCUUAGCCAUACGUGGCUUCUUGACUCAUGACACAGCUCCUCCCAAAACUGUAAGAACUGCAGAGGCCAGUUUAGCAUAUGAAGAAAAACUUUUUGCAGCCGCAAAACAGCAGAGUCUCCAAGAAAUGAUGGACUCGUACCUGUACAGUCCUGAGAAAACCAAGGCUUAUCAAGAACAUGAAGACCCAGACUAUGAUGACUUCCGAGCUGAAGCUAAUAUUCACCAUCGCCUCAGACAUGAAUGUUUCCUGAAGGCACAGGAGGCGUACAGACGAGGCAUGAGAGAUGUUGCCUCCUUUUACUCGAGACAGGGUCAUGGCCACUCACAGAAAAUCAAAGAGGCGAACCAAAGGGCAGCAGAGAAAAUACUCCAAAGCAGAAAUAUACUGAAGGAGAGAUCUGCUGUAGAUCUACAUGGGCUACAUGUGGACGAAGCCAUUGAAGCCUUGGAAAGGAUAAUCCCAGAGAGGGAGGAAGAUUUAAUGGCCUAUCCUGACAAGAGGAAGCAACAUCUAGUCAUCAUCACCGGUAGGGGGAGCCACAGUAAAGGGGGCAUCGCUAGGAUACGUCCAGCUGUCCUCAGGUUCCUCGUCACCAAUGGAUACAAAUUCAGCGAAAUUUACAAAGGAUGCUUCAAAGUCCUUCUAAAAUAUAGAUCCCACACAGGAUAUGAUCUAUAGAAUCCUUCAAAAUGGUGUUGACAGAUUCAAGGGGAAUACUAGCCUUUCUAUUGUUCUGAGGAUUCAGGAGAAAUAUUAUGUAGCCUUUUAAUUCCAUGGCAGCUGUUGCUCCAGUUUUCAGAUGAACACUUGCACCUUGCUGUAUGGUUGACAUGGACUGUGGGCCUCAUCUUUGUACAAAUGUAUGGUGCCUGCUGAAAAGUUCCGAAAGGCAAACGAUGAUGAGUUGAAUACAGGGUUACAACACACCAGCGUUAAUCAAAGUUCUGUUAUGUUAUUAUAAGGGUGCUAUAUUGAAAGAGUAGUGCUGUUUUAUAAGGAUGUAUACGUGUUCCCACCGAAAAAAAAUGAUUUAAAAUUGCAGCUAUCCCCGACAAGUUAACUCGGUGAUUGUAAUCAUUCUUUUAUUGUAUUUUUAUUAUUCAGCUUGUUUAUAAAUACUUCAGCCCAGAGAAGUGGAAAGAGCUUAUGUUGAAUCUAUAUUAGUUGUCUGAUCAUGUCCUGGUUUUAACAAUUACCUUUAAAAUCAUGAUUUUUUUAAAUGCUCAUUAAAACAUUUUUUACAGAUAAAUAAGUUGAUACUAGUUUUAUAUUUGCAUAACAAUCUCUUGACAUAAUUACUUGUAUUUGUGAAUUUUAAUUAUUGUACAGUUAUGUUGUAAAGCCAUUAGUUUAGAUACAUUGAACACUUUUGACAUAAAUAUUAUUUUCAUUCAUUAUUUUCCAUGUUUGGGAUUUGAAGAAUUUUGUUUUAUUGACAAGGAUGUUCAUGCUAAAAUAUAUACUGUGUAUAUUCUUGAUACUCUAUUGCAUUUUGAAUGUUUCAGAAAUAAUAUUUAGUCCAUCUGAAUUCAACAUGAAGUCCUUUAUUGAAAGUGUUUUUAAGAAUGUGAUGGAUUUCUAUCAAUAAAGUCCAAACAGAUUUAUCCCACAAUGAUUACAAUAAAUCCAUGACUGAAGCUCAGUUGUUGAUAAGAAGUUAACAAAGUUGAAGGUUUAACUGUUAGAUUCUUUUUUUUAUUUCAAUUAAUAAAAAUAGCAUCAAUGAAGUAAGAUUUGAAACUGUAUUUUAUUCACAUAAUUACUAAUGACAAACUUUUAAAUGCAGCUGAUAUUUUUAACCUGAAAAUUUUGAUGUGUUACUUUCAGGUUGUAUAUAUUUAUGUUCAUCAGGUUUCUAAAUUAUCAUUUCAGUGUGAUAUGUUUGUAAUAGUUGUUUUCAUCAGUCACCAUGACAGGGUAGUUUUUAAAGUUUCCACAAGUCCUCAUGACAGAGUAGAUGGUUCACGUCAUUAUCAUUAUAUUUUUACCAACUUUUGUAUCUUAUAGACUUGUUUUAAGUUACAAGCUGCAUACCUUUAAAUGAUUGGCAUCUAAUUUUGUUAAUAUUUUUACAAUAUGUAAUGAAUUAAGAUUUGUACUGGAUUGGUCCAUUUUUUUAAAACAAUUUCAUGUUAACUGUUUGUAUCUUUUAACGUUUGCUCAACAAUAAACUAAUGUUAAAAUUU